GUUGUGUUUAGUUAUAAAUAAAAAUAUAAAAUAAAUAUAUUUUUGAAUGAUUUUGAAAUGAAUUUCUAUAUUUUUAUUGGAGACUAUUUAAGUUUUUUAUUUUUGUUGGCUGUGAAAAAAAGAAAGAAAAAAAAUGUACAGAGUCGAGGAAUGAUUUUUUUAAAUUAAUAAAGUAAAUGAUUAAUCUUUUAGCAAUGCUCAUGUUUAUGUUGUAGUCAUCAGUCUGAAACCAAGGAAAAAAUGGUGGAAAAAAAUCCCGUAUUAAAAAUCUUAAAAUCGAAAGGAUAAAACAAGAACAACAAAAAAUAUUAAUGUCAAAGGUCAUUAGUCCUAAACGGCUACCGAUUUGAGGACCUGCCUGAGAGUCCGUGACCCGCCCAUGUUCGUUAACCAAUACUAACCAAUCAAAUCACAGAAGACCGACCAACAACCAAUCAGAGACAUACUAUUCCACUGUACACCCGCCCACACAGGAUCCCAUCCAUUCAUUCACUGAACCUAGCAGAAUCCUGUAACAUUCAAAAACUGGAACACCCCACUUAACCCCCACCCAACAAAAGAGAAGAAAAGAAAUUCCCUUUCCUUUCCCUACUCUUUCCAUUCCAAGCUAAACUAAAAUAUCAAUGUCAGCGAAUCAUUUCCAUUUCCGGUAAUCAUUCUUUCUUCUUCUCAAUGUUCCACCUCAAAUGCUCUAAGUUCAUUGAAUUCAUUCUGUAAUUGGGAGCUCGGAGUUUUUUUUUUAUUUUUCCUGGAAUGGAGGAGUCUGGAAGUUGGUGUGAAGAAGCAACGAUAAAGAGCUGGGCUAAACGAACGGAAGAGAGUUAUCAGUUACAGCUCGCUCUGGCUUUGAGGCUAUCUUCACAAGCUGCUUCAGCUAAUGAUCCCAGUUUCUUGGAUUGGAAUUCUAGUGAUAGUAACAGAGGAGUUUCUUCUUUCUCUGAUUCUCCUGAAUCCCUUUCUCAUCGUUUUUGGAUACGAGCAUCGCUAAUUUUACUCAUUCUUUCCGAAUUCACUUCCCGAAAAAUCUCAACCAUUGAAGUGAAUGGAUGUUUGUCUUAUAAUGAUAGAAUUCCAGAUGGGUUUUACGUAAUGCAUGGAUUGGAUCCUUAUACAUGGAGUAUAAGUGCUGAUAGUCGUGUCCCGUCUUUUGAAUCAUUAAAGGCUGUCAAUGAUUUGUCAAUAGAAGUGGUUUUGGUAGAUAGAUUGAGGGAUCCUGGUUUGAAGGAGUUACAUAAUAGAGUUAUUGGUCUUUGGAGUGGCUCGAAUACAACAAAAGAUGUGGUUGAGCAGCUUGCGAAUCUUGUUUGUAAUCGUAUGGGGGGUGUUGUCUUCAAUGAAGAUGAUGACACUUUCGCCAAAUGCUGGAAGGAAUGUACUGAAGUUAUGAAAAGGCGUUUAGGUUCUGUUGUAAUUCUGGUUGGAAGCUUAACGAUCGGCCUCUGUGUUCAUCGUGCAUUACUGUUUAAAGUAUUGGCAGACUCUAUUAAUUUGCCUUGCAGAAUUGUUAACGGAUGUAAAUACUGCAGAAAAGAUGUUGUUUCAUCCUGUCUUGUUCAAGUUGGUGAUGACAGGGAAUACUUUGUUGAUUUGCUUGGAAAGCCAGGAGCCCUAAGCCAGCCUGAUUCCUCACUCAAUUGUACAUCUUCAAUAUUAGUUUCUUCACCAUUGUCUCAUCCAAGGUUUAAAUCUAUCCAAACAACUGAGGACUUCAGGACAAUGGCAGCCAAACUCUAUUUCCUUGACUGCCAGCCACUUAAUCUUGUGUUUGAUAAUCCUUCAUCAGGCACUACUAUUCAUGAAGAUGACAGAUUCAUUUCAAGGCUUGGUAAAGACAUGAAGAACCUUCCACCCACAUCAAUCAACAAACAUGAAGCUUCUCUGUCACCUCUGCACCAAGGAGUUGCUCAGAACAUCAUGCAUGACAUGGAUCUGCAGGCGCCAAACUCAUAUAAUCCAUUUCUGAAUGUCGUAAAGACGAAGAACUUCGUUGAAGGUCCCAAUGUGCCAAGUUCUAUCCUACCAGUUAAGAAAAAACAUACAGAUCCUGUCAUCUCUAAUCCAAAGCCUGUUGCUACAAAUAAUUUGUUGUUCAUGGAAAUAAACCAGACAAUACUAAGUAAAUCAAACAAUCAACUUCAUCUCGAAGAGGAAGAUUUCGAUGUUCCCUGGAGUGAACUUCUAUUGAAGAAGAAAAUUGGAUCAGGCUCCUUUGGAACUGUCUAUCAUGCUGACUGGCGUGGUUCGGAUGUUGCUGUCAAAAUUCUCGAGGAGCAAGAAUUUCACGCAGAGCGCUUUGAGGAAUUUUUGAGUGAGGUUUCUAUAAUGAAACGUUUACGACAUCCAAAUAUUGUUCUCUUUAUGGGUGCUGUUACCCAACCCCCUAACUUGUCCAUAGUUAUGGAGUAUUUAUCAAGAGGCAGCUUGCACAAACUUUUACAUCUGCCUGAUGCUGCCUUGAUACUGAAUGAGAGGCGCCGCUUAAAUAUGGCGAAUGAUGUUGCAAAGGGAAUGAACUAUCUUCAUCAGUUUAGACCUCCCAUUAUUCAUCGUGAUUUGAAAUCUCUAAAUCUCUUAGUGGACAGUGCAUACAAGGUCAAGAUUUGUGAUUUCGGUCUCUCGCGCUCAAAAGCGAAGACAUAUAUUUCGUCGACAAAUGCUGCAGGGACUCCUGAGUGGAUGGCCCCAGAAGUACUCCGUAAUGAGCAAUCAAAUGAAAAAUCAGAUGUUUACAGCUUUGGUGUAGUCUUGUGGGAACUUAUGACCCUGCAACAUCCAUGGAGAAAUUUAAAACAAGCACAGAUCAUUGCUGCUGUUGGUUUUAUGGGCGGAAGGCUUGAGAUUCCAAGCAAUGUAAAUCCUUCAGUGGCUGCCUUGAUUAAGGUCUGCUUGGAUAGCGAGCCCUCAAAACGUCCUUCAUUCUCUUAUAUCAUGAAAACUUUACAGGAGCUGAUAAACGACUCCAUCUCCCAACCAGUUGCUCCUCGAGUAAUUCGAUGACAGAGCUCUAUGUAGUCAAACUGCUCACAUGAUUUCGGCCCUCUCAUUCCCAUGAUAUUUUCCAGGCUUUAACAAGAUGUUGAUCACCCUUUUUGUGUCUGCCAUGAACUAAUUCUUGUAUCUACAAUUGUGAAUAUACACAAGAGUUGUCAAGAUAUAAAAUAUCAAGAAAAAUGGGUGGAAAAGCCAGGCUUGUCAAAGAAACUUUCAUAGGAGGAGUUGAGGGAGGCUGGUCCAUUCAUGUUACUAAUUAUACUGAUGUGCCAUCAUUUGGUUGAUAUCUUCACUCUGUUGGUCUUAUAGUAUCAGCCAGGGCCUAGGGUUGCUUAUGAGUUAUGAUUACUAUCCUUUAGUGUGAAUUUUCUGGCUGCUCAACCGUCAGGUUUGAGAGAUGGAGAGAGAUCGUGCCAUUUACAUUUAAAUUUUGGGAACUUUUGAUAGAUCAUUUGGCAGUAACUUUCUAAUCAUACAUGUAAAUUCUUCUGACAAGCGGUGACUGCUACGGUGACUUCAAGUGACGGGUUAUUUUUUUUAUCUAUUAUGAAAAGAAUAAAUAAAAUGCUUGCAUGAAAAGUUUUAUUA